AUGUCGCUGGUUGAAGGCCACCAGACUACAUACAAAGAUGUAUUGUCUCAUACUGUAUUAAUUACAGCAUUAUUUAACUCUGAGGCGAUACCAAAGACUCGCUUUGCAAGAUUCUUGGAAAAAGCUUUAUUUGUACUGGUUUUGCUUGGUUUAAGCUUCAUAGCAAUAUUGGCUGUGUUUGCAAGAUCGGGUAUAGACACAUGGAUUCAAUUCUCCCUGUACAUCGUUCCUUUAUUCUCCAUGAUUUGUGGACAUCUGAUAUUCACGUCUGACUCGUUCAAAGAAAUUUUGAGCAGACGCAUCGAACAGAAUGGCACAAAUGAAACCGAAUUCGGAAUUUCCACG